UGCAGAAUGACCCCAAAAAAGUUUUACCGAUACGUGAUAAAGGGAAUCUACUUCUAUUGCGGUAAAAAUAAGAAUGGAUGCACCGUGAAUGAAUUGACGUCUUAUGUGUACUUAAAAAAUCAACGAUCAAACAAAAUCGAUUUUAUCGAAAAAAUCGUUCAGCUAGUUACAGCCCAGCUUCGCUCGCAAGCACUUGUUACCGAAUCUAGCAACGGAAGACUCAUCCUCAACGAACUCCUUUUCAACGAGUCGCUCGCCGAUAAACCACAAAACUCACGAGACAACUCUGAUGACAGUUCUGAUGAAUCAUCGGCCUCCGGUACGUCUUCAUCGCAAUCAUCCAUCGGCUCCUCCCGAACUCAAUCGCUCCAAUCGAUAGACAAUGCUAGCAAAUUCGGCAGAGACGAAAAAUUUCGUCUGGAUCCGAAUCAACAGAAUCCAUCGAAAAGAAAAUCGCUUUCUUCAAGUGAAGACGAACCUCCGCCGAAAUCGUUGAGUAAUCGAAAAGGAAAGUUUACAACUUUGCCGAGAUAUCGAAAGCACUAGCUCAUGUGCGGUAAAUUGUUUUCGUUCGUUUCCGGAACAAUGUUCGAAAAUUAAACGCCAAACCAAAGCAUAGAACAGAAAUUAUUAAUAAUCUUUUAUUUUUUUUUUGUGAAGAAA